UAAACUGGAGAGACGCAAAUAACCACGUUAUUUUUGAGUGUGAUGUUGCUCAGAUUUUGCUGACAGAUACAGAUUAUACACACAUAUAUAUUUAUAUAUACAAAACACUUUUGACAGAAUUGAUAAUGCAAGCCGGUGAACAGAGUAUCUGCCAGGCUCGGGCCUCAGUUAUGGUAUAUGAUGAUUCCAGUAAAAAAUGGGUCCCUGCCAAACCUGGACAGCAAGGAUUCAGCAGAGUCAAUAUCUACCAUAACACGUCCAACAACACCUUCAGAGUGGUUGGGAUGAAGCUACAAGACCAGCAAGUAGUCAUAAACUAUUCCAUAGUGAAAGGACUGAAGUACAAUCAGGCAACUCCUACAUUCCACCAAUGGCGUGAUGCUCGCCAGGUGUAUGGGUUGAAUUUUGCAAGCAAGGAGGAGGCAACAACGUUUUCAAAUGCAAUGCUGUACGCUCUGAACGUGAUGAACUCACAAGAUGGAGGUCCAACAGUGCAACGCCAGGUACAGAAUGGGCCGCCCCCAGAAGAUCAGGAGAUGCAGAGAAGGCAACUAAUGGAACAGCAACGACAGGAGCAGAUGGAGCGAGAACGCCGAAUUUCUACAUCUGUUUCUACCCUUCAGAUCAAAGUUGCUCCGUCCCCCUCUCACAGCCUGUCCCCACCACCCGAGUACAGUAGCUACAGCACUUCCUCAUCUGCAGGGCCAGCACCUCCUCCUUCAUAUGCCAGAGCCACAUCCUGCGAUUCCACCUCCUCUUCCUCUGAGCCAGUGGAUGCCGAUAGCCUCAGCUACUUCCCAUCCAACACCGCAUUCUCUGACUCCCCACCUCUCAGGCCCAGUGCCUCGCAGUUAUCUGCCUCCCUAAGUUCUGCUUUCUCUCCUGUGCAGCCUAACUCUGGGACCACGAGUCGAAGCAUCAAGCAGGUGGCGUUGUCCCCACCUCCUGCUGCUGCCCAACCUCCGCGUCCCCUUCCUAAGCCCUCCUGCCGUUCAUCUGCUACGUUUUCUCCCCUUCCUCCUUCUCCUCCGGUCAUGAUCACCUCCCUACCCCAGAGAACUGUCGGGCCUCAGCCCAUCACACCAGUAGCUGUUCCACCGAUUCGCACGCCUUAUGGCAGGAUUAGGGGAUCGAUGGAUCGAAUGGCCCAGGUAGCUCCAACCGACGUAAACCUGAAUGGCCACAAUGAAGAUCAGGUUCAGGCAACUGCUCCCGUGACCUCCUCCAAGCCUCCAGUAAAGAGCACAGAGGGAUCCUUCAUGUCCUGUUUAGAAACUGCACCCGUAUCUCACUUAAGUCGUCCUCCCAGUCCCCAAACCCAACCUCAACCGUCACCUCUACCCCCGCUCCCUGCACAGCAUUUGUACAAGUCCACCACACACUUCAUGACAUCUCCUACAUCUUACGCUGCUUUCUCUGAGGCAGCAGCGUCCAAGAAGAGCCCUCCUCCCAUGACAUCAGUCACCUCAACUCCCAUUACCCAGCCGGGGCCACCCGUUCCUCCUGGAGGACCACCCACGGGGCCCGUCUGCACCCCACAACCUCCUGCUGCUAGCGGACCCCCACCUCCUCCACCCCCACCUCCGCCGGCAUCUGCAGGAGCACCUCCUCCUCCUCCUCCCCCUCCUCCGCUGCCCCCCAGCGGAGGCUCUGGAACCAGUGCUGGAGAUUCAGCCUCGGGAGCAGGACUGGCAGCCGCAAUCGCUGGAGCCAAACUGAGGAAAGUUAGCAAGCCCGAUGAAGGCUCAGGCGGUUCCAGUCCUGGUGGAGCUUCAAAAACUGAAGCCAAUCGUAACAGUGGUGGAGGCGGGGGAGGAGGAGGGCUGAUGGACGAGAUGAAUAAACUGCUAGCAAGACGGAGGAAAGCUGCCCAGCAAACGGAUAAACCAAGUGAGAAGAAAGAGGAGGAAAGCCAGAAUGAGGAUACAAGCACUUCACCCUCACUUAUGACACGAGCUCCUGGUUUGCAGAAUUCAACAGAUGGUAAGAAGCCAUGGGAACGAGCCAACUCUGCUGAAAAGCCAGGAACAGUUUCAAGAAAUGUAUCACAGAUGAAGAGUCCUGAAGCUAAGAAUGUUGUACAGUCGCCCUUUUCAUCCCUUAGAGCAAAACCAGUGAGCAGCACCAGUAAUGACGUGGCCACAGAUGCCUUAGAUUUUGAUCGGUUGAAGCAGGAGAUACUGGAGGAGGUUGUAAAAGAGUUGCACAAGGUGAAGGAAGAGAUUAUUGAUGCCAUUAGACAGGAAUUGAGCAGGAUCAGCACAACGUAAUGCAUCUGGCACUCGGGAAUGUGGAAAGUACUCGGAAGGCUCUGGGAAGAUGAGACGGCUGUGUGGAGGAUGGAUGGUGUGGAGGAUAGUGUGGAAGAUGGCUAGGAGAGAAGCUAUGCACUGAAUGUCACAAUCGAUUUAAGUCCUUCAUUGAUUCGCGGACUCAACGUGCUCUGCUGCUUUGCUGCCUUGGAUCUGCUUUCACGUGAAAAGUCUUAAAAAAAAUUCUCCAAAAUAACAAAAAAAACUUUCAACGAUUUUAAAUACAACUUGUGAAUCUUAUUUUCUAGGUCUCACGGAAAAAAGAAAGUUGCACAUAUGUUUUAUGUUAGCCUUUGUAAUUUUUUUAUUAGCUUAUUUAAAAGUUUUUCAUUAACUACUUCUAGAUCAUGUUUUUAGAGAAGUAAGUGCACCAAGACAUCUUUUUGCUUUUGUAGGUAAAUGAAUUUGGUUAUUUCUACAGUAGACAUUACCACAGUGUUCUGAAUCUGUAUUGAAAAUCCUUUGCCAACAAAGAGAUCCUGUAGCGUCACUGAAAAGACAGAAACUUGCAAUAGUUGUGAUAUGACAAAGGUAAUUGAUUUCUCAAUGAAUCUUGCGAACCUUAUUAAAAGAAAGUACAUCAAUGCAAAA